AUGCCUUCUAUUCUUACAAACGGCCAAAAUACGGUCGGCGAGACAAGACCGAACGAAGUCUCAGUAAAUCAAGCCGAGGAAAUUUCGAGUACUGCCCAAGCCACUCAUUCCGAUGCAGUUAAGGAUCAUGUUAUCGAUACAGAAUUCCUUAUCGUCGGGGCAGGGCCUGCGGGUGCAUCCUUAGCUUGCUUUCUUGGCUCUCAUGGGCUCAAGGGAAUCAUGAUUAGCAGUGCGCCAGGGACAGCAAAUACCCCUCGCGCACAUAUUACCAAUAUGGCAGCACUUGAAUGUCUCCGAGAUAUUGGUCUGUAUGACGAGCUUCAAAAGCUGGGAUCCACGAGCGAAGAUCAUAUGCAACACACCAGAUGGUGCCAUAGUAUGGCUGGUGAAGAGUACGCUAGAAUUCAUUCGUGGGGUAAUGAUCCCAGACGAAAGGGUGACUAUGAACUGGCUAGUCCAUGUGAACCAUUUGACCUACCGCAGACAGUUAUGGAACCGGUUCUAGUUCGCCAUGCGGCUUUGAAAGGGUUCAAGUGCCGCUUUCAUACGACACUUGUUUCGUUCGUCAAUGAAGAGAAGACCGGGUCGACCAUAGCAACUAUUCGUGAUGAGAUUUCCAACCACGAAUACCGUAUCCGCACUAAGUAUCUAUUAGGCGCCGAUGGUGCCCGCAGCCAGGUGGUGAAGCAACUGGAUUUGCCUCUCGCAGUUCUGCCAGGACAAGGUAUCGCAAUCAAUGUGCUUGUCAAGGCAGACCUCUCCCAUCUCGUCAAGAAUCGAACGGGAAACCUUCAUUGGGUGAUGCAGCCAGAUCGCGAGCACCCUAAAUUUGGAUGGAUGGGGGUUGUUCGCAUGGUAAAACCUUGGAAUGAAUGGAUGUUCAUCUUAUUCCCAGACCGCAGCUAUGACCGCUCUCAAGGCAAACCCUCUAUGGAGGAGUAUCAAAAGAGGGUGCAAGAGUUUAUUGGCGAUGACACACCAGCCGAAAUUCUGGAUGUCUCAUCUUGGUAUGUCAAUGAAACUGUGGCGGAGAAGUACUCGGAAGGUAACAUAUUCUGUCUUGGCGACGCCGUGCACCGCCACCCUCCAUUUAAUGGCCUGGGAUCAAACACAUGCAUCCAAGACGCCUUCAACUUGGCCUGGAAGCUUGCCCUGUUGGCCAUUCAGUCAUCACCCGAGCAAACCAAGCAUUCCGCGACCACUUGCAUGUGUGGGAUGCACUCCGGCAUGCUGCCGGCAGAUGUUUCUGAACGGAAGCAGAUAUUGGAGGAGUUGAAGAGUGCAACCCCACAAGGGUCGAAUCGUCGCCGUGCCUUGCGUGAAGCAAUCAAAUAUACCUCCCAUGAAUUCCACGGGCUGGGUGUCGAAAUGAACCAACAUUACGAGGGUCAGGGGGUCUAUACGGCCGACGAAGCGGAUCCCUAUAGGCAAUUUGGGCAGGCGGCCGAGGAUAAGAUACUAUACCAUGAACCAAAUACAUAUCCUGGCUCUCGUUUGCCGCAUGUUUGGCUCAAUAAAGCAACCCCGGAGAAGCCCAUCUCGACAAUUGACCUUGCUGGUCAUGGAUCAUUUACACUCUUGACUGGAAUUGGAGGUGGAGUUUGGAAGGAAGCGGCUGGAACUGUUGCCAAAAAGCUCAAGAUUCCAAUUCAAGCAUGUUCGAUUGGAUUCAGGCAAGACUGGGAGGAUGUGUACUUCGAGUGGGAAAGUGUCCGAGGUGUGGAAGAAUCGGGGGCAGUGUUGGUGCGACCGGAUCGAGUCGUUGCAUGGAGAGCAUCUGAAGCUUUGGAGGACAGUGAGGCUUGUAAAGAGAAGCUUCUCGCGGUUGUGAGAUCUAUUCUGGGAUUUGAGGAUCUGUAA